CGGAGAUGGCGCUGCGCAAAGGAGCUCUGCAUUUAAACCUGCUGGUCAGGAGCCCUAAUUUUUACAAGUUUAACUCACUUCUUGGUGGUGUCCGGUCUUUGUCUGAAAAAGUCUCAUCUAAACAAGUAACGACCAGUGUCCCAGAGACUGCGGGUGACCAUUUAAUCUACACACAAGAGCAUUUUGCAUUAAAGGAGUCCCUCAGAAAGCUCAUCGACCAGGAGAUCAACCCUUAUGUGGAUCAAUGGGAAGCAGAAGGGACAUUUCCAGCCCACAAAAUCUUCAAAAUCUUGGGAAAUGCAGGAUUUCUAGGAGUCAACAAACCAGUUGAGUAUGGGGGCUUAGGCCUUGACUACAGCUUCAGUGUAGCAGUGGCAGAGGAGCUGGGCAACAUCCGCUGUGGAGGAAUCCCCAUGGCCAUCGGGGUACAAACUGACAUGACUACUCCUGCACUCGCCAGGUUUGGUUCAGAUGAGCUUAAGAAGGAGUUCCUCCUUCCCUCCAUAACGGGGGACAAAGUGGCCUGCCUUGGAGUUAGUGAGGUUGGAGCUGGCUCUGAUGUCUCAAGUAUCAAGACCAAGGCAGUGAGGAAAGGUGAUGAAUAUGUGAUCAAUGGGGGAAAGAUGUGGACCACCAACGGUACCCAGGCAGACUGGAUGUGUCUCCUCGCCAACACCAGUGAUGGGCCCCCACACAGGAACAAAUCACUCAUCUGUUUGCCCAUGAACUUGCCGGGAGUACAAAUCACCCGAAAGAUUGAUAAACUGGGUAUGUGGUCAUCUGACACUGCUGAAGUGUUUUUUGAUGAUGUCCAUGUGCCCUAUAAGAACGUUAUCGGCCAGGAAGGCAUGGGCUUCACCUAUCAGAUGCUUCAGUUCCAGGAAGAGAGGCUUUGGUCGGUGGCCAAUGUAUUGACCACAAUGGACAACAUCAUUCAGGACACCAUCCAGUACACACGGCAGAGGAAGAUCUUCAAGCAGCCUGUUCUUCAUCACCAGGCAGUUCACUUCAGGUUGGCUGAGCUGCAGACGGAGGUCGAGCUGCUCCGCUCUCUCCUGUACCGUGCUACAGCAUUGUAUAUUAAAGGCAACGAUGUCACCAAGCUGGCAUCCAUGGCCAAAUUAAAGGGGGGCCGCCUGGCCAGAGAACUGAGCGACAGCUGUCUCCAGUACUGGGGAGGUAUGGGAUACACCAGUGAUGUGUCAGUCAGCCGAUUUUACAGGGAUUCCAGAUUAAUGUCAAUUGGUGCAGGAGCUGAUGAGGUAAUGCUGGGAAUCAUCUGCAAGUACAUGGACACACUACCCGGCAAGUGAUGUCAUCAACGGCACUCCCAGUGGGGACAAUCACCCAAGUGCAGUUCUGAUUUGUCAGACACUUUGAGCACUUACUCAGAUGAGAUUUUGCAUUUGCCUUUUUAACAAUACUAUGCGGUCGUAAAGAUAUCCUUACAUGGUCGAUCACUCAGAUUAAUGAAGCUUUUCCCCUUUCCUUGCCUCUAUGCACACUCAUCAGUUGCAGUUUUGGUUGAAUGUUAUUUGGUAAUUUAUAUUAAUUGUUUAGAAUAAAGAAAAAUAAUGCUCAUUAAAAAUGGCUUUUAUAUGUUUAGGACUUUGGUGCUAAAGAUAUUUCAGUACAUCCAACAGUAUGAACUCAUACCAGCCAAUCCAGAGCAUAAAAUUUGUUUAUUUACAUUAACA